UUUUUUUUUUUUUGUUCUUUUUUUUUUCCGGAGCUGGGGACCGAACCCAGGGCCUUGCGCUUCCUAGGCAAGCGCUCUACCACUGAGCUAAAUCCCCAACCCCCUGUGUGUCAGUCUUGUCUGUCUUGUUAGACCAAUCGCUGCCAGUUAGUUUAGGACUCUUCCCAAUCUGCCAUGUUGUCUUCUGAAGACCCUUUUUCCAAGCGUGCUGACCUCUGACGUGUCUCCCAGAAUAUUCUCAGGAUAUUUAAUAGUUAAAUUAACCCGCUGUCUCUGCCCUGGGCACUGUAGACACUAUACUGUUCCAAGUCCUUCUUUGUGGCUGUAUUUCGUGGUGUCCAUCUGCCAUUCCAGCACAUGGGGCAUGGAGGCAGGAGGAUCAGAAGUUCAAGGUCAUCCUCAGCUCCGUAGCCAGCUUGAGACCAACCUGAGCUACAUGAGACCCACGUGGACUUGGGGUCCCUUGCGAGGGUUUUCUUGAGCUCCGUGAUUGCACAAAGCCAAGAUUCCCACAGCCCAGGCGCUUGAAUGGGAUGCCACAGCUAAAUUGGGCGCGCUGUGCUCCAGAAGGGUAUGGAUGCGUUGGUUGUAUUUUGGGGGAGGGGAUGAUGUGUUUUCUUCGCGCUUGCGACCGUGUCUGAGAAUGGUUCAUUGAAGACUGUGUAGACGGUUUGCAGCUGCGCAUAGUCUGACGUAGUCUCUAUGGCACUUUCUACGUGUGAUAGUGUGACUGUCCCCAAGUGUGUAAAGCUCCAGAUUUUUAAAAAGCUUAUUCUCAUCUCAACCAGAUGGGGAGGUGUUAGCGUACUUCUGUUUUAAGAGAAGUGUCACAGUAUAUAUAACAGCCUGGUGUCAUUUUCUAACCAACAGAGUUCUCAAAAAUGCUCAAUUUUCAAGCCUGGCUAAGUAGAGAAACUCUGAGGAGUGAGGAUACUACAGUAAGGACAUGUGAGCAGCUCUUUGUGUAUUCCGGAUUGCCAUUAAGGAUGGGAGUCUCACAAGGGUGGAUUUGAAUCUCAGGGGCUGUAUCAGUCAGCCAACACUGUGUAACAAGCAGCACCAGCUUCCCAACAAUUCAAACAUUUGAUGCUUAUUGUAGCGUGCUCUCCAGGAGCAGUUUAGCCGAUCUUCUGUUUGGGCUCUUUGGGGUCAUCCAUAAGUAGGAUGUUAUGGAUAUCUGGGGUUAUCACUGGAGAGGCUGCGGACAUGUAACCCAGGGACCCCUGGAAGAGUCCCACCCUAGGGAGCUGUGAUACGACAGACAGCAGGCCCUCUCAAUCCACAACACCGGUGCUGUGUGUUACAGGGUGUUAGCUGACUUGUACUUGUACAAGUCUGAGAGCCAAAUCUACCCUUGCAAAACACAGAUCUGAAAAGGUUUUGAAAGGUCUGGAUUUAGACUUAGCUCUUCUUCAGGUGCCCCGCUGAUGCUGGGCCAAUUUUCUGUGUAGCUGGGCUGCACAAUUGGGCUAUUGUGCGUGACCAGUGUCUGUUGCUUCCAGAGAUGUCACAUGACGGUGUUCACUGAGAAAGGGUUGCUCAAGGUGACUAUUUACAGGGAAGUUCACCAGUUGCUAGCUUUAGGGAUGGGCAUAUAGGAAGUUGAGAUGUCCCUCGUAGGCUGGCCUUGAGUUCCUGCUCCUCCUGCUUAAGCCUCCUCGGGCCUGGGUGAUGCAUUGCACUCUGUGUCUCUUACCUCCAGUUACCUGUGCUCUGGAGCAGAGUGAGAGAUGGGGGUGGGAAGCCUUCAGAUAGGACAAGAAAGGACAGCCACCUGGAUAGCACCUCUUGGUGGUGCGUGUCAUCGUGAUGAACCAUGACAUCCCUGAACCUCAAAUGUCCCAUGAGAAAAAGAACGAGGUGCGGGGUUGAGGAUUUAGCUCAGUGGUAGAGCACUUGCCUAGCAAGUGCAAGGCCCUGGGUUCGGUCCUCAGCUCCGGGGGGGGAAAAAAAAAAAAAAAAAAGAACGAGGUGCUUUGGUCCUCAUGCGGGGUAACGAAACCCCAGGCGACACGUAGGUUAAGUCAGUGUUCUAUCCACUGGGCCCCAGCCUCAAUCCUUCUUUAAUAGUAAAUAUACCUUUACAUACAUAUGUGUAAGUACACAGGAUGUAACAUACAUUUCUUUUUAUUUCCUGUGCGUGGGUGUUUGCCUGCAUGUCUGUCUGUCUGGGUGCCAUGCUGCAUACAGUACCCGUAGCGGCCAGGAGGCACUGGGUCCCCUGGGACGGAGUCACGGUCAGUUGCUAGCGAUGUGUUGGUGCUGGGAACUGAGUCCUCUUCAGGAACCAUCAGUGCCCUGAACCACUGAGUCGUCUCUCCAGCUCUGCUUGGGGCUGACCUCAAGUUCAGGGCCCUGAGGCCAAGCCACCCUGUCCUUGCCAGACAGGCACCCCUCUGAAGGCAUCUUCUAGAGCUUAGAGGAGUGCUGGAUAGUGUGGAACACAGUCACCUUGCAGGCUGGACGUGAAGCACACGCCCACGUGCACACGUGGUCCCUGCUGCUGGAGGUUAGAGUCCACAGCCUCUGGGGUGACUAGAGAGGCUUGACAGCCCUUCCUUUCUCCACAAAUCACGGUGGCCAUCAGGACUGUAUGUCAGGCCCUGGAAGGUUUGGUAACUUAAUGCUAAAGCCUCAGACGCAGACAGGCUCGGAUUGCCACAGAGGGAGGAUGGGGCAGGCGCCAUCGUCCUGGGCUAAGUGGGGGCUAGGAACUGUGUUCAGCUCCCUGCCGAGCCCAGGUGGAGGAGGGGCCCCAGGGGACAGUGACUCUGCCAUGAGAGAGUCUUUUGUGGAAAACCAGCCAUGCGGAGGGAGCCAGGGCCAACAGCUCAGCAGGUUCAGAGGGUGACCUUGCAGAGUCACUCCUGUGGGUCCCCAGCGCAGGCCCAUGUCAUUAGCUCCCCGGGGACUGGAUGAGGGUAUGAGGGGCUGACAGUCCAGCCCCUGAGUGCAGGGGUGACAGGCAGACGAGUGCCAUCAUACCUGGUCUAUGUGCAUAUGGCUUUGUGUUUCACGCGCUGAGGGCUGUGCCGUCGCUGGUGAACUCUGGCUGAAGCUGCUCUGUGAAACGGUGCUCUGACGUACAAGGAGGCCACACUACACUCCACAGGGUCUCAGAGGAGACACUUGUGGCUUUGCUGGCCAGGUCCCUGUUUCUCAGCUCUCCCGAUGCCGCCCACACCUGCCCAAGACAGCGGUGAAGGACCUAGUGCCAUUGUGCCUUGGGGGCUAUGGCAGGAGCAAACCGAAGGCCACAUGUGACCUGGUCUGAGUUCUGACCAAAUCUGCACUAUUGAAUACAGUGGCUCCGGUGGGUUUGUUUCCAAUAUUAGGGUUUGAACCCAGGGCCUCAUGCAUACCAGGCAGGCACUCUCCCACCUCAGGAGGCAGAGGAAGGAGGAUCACUGUGACUUGGAGUCCAACCUGGUCUACACAGCGAGUUCUAGGACAGUCGGGGCUACAGAGUAAGACCUGUCUUGGAGACUGAGCUGAACUUUUGUCAUCAGCUGUGGCAGCAAGCUCCUUUAAAUACUGAGCCCUCUCGCUGGCCCCUUUCGCUUUUUAUUUCGGACACAAAGGCUGGUUCUGAACUUGCUCUGUGGCUGAGGCUAGCCUUGUCACCGUCUUAUUUAAGAAGUCGGCUUCCGUCUGUAUCAUGAGGCUCAGUUAUUGUCGCUUGCUUCAUUUUCUUUAAACAGAGUCUCGCUAUGUUGCCCAAGCUGCCUCAUACUCACAGCAAUCCUCCUGCCUUAGCCUCCCCACUCUCCUUCGUGCUAAGAUGACGGGCUUGCACGGCCACCAUUCCAGAACCUUCUUCCUUUCAAUAAUUCAGAUCGGCUCUGGUUUUCUAGCUCUUUCCACCCAUACAGCGGCUGCUGUCCAGUCCCAGCUGCGCCCUGUACAAGGCCCAGGAGUGUCUGGCUCAUGGGUGAGGGUGCCGGGCUGCCCUGAUCCACCCUCAGUGCUCAGGAAGCUUCCUCCAGCACAGCCCCCCUGCAUGGGGGGAUCAUCUCCCCUAGCUGUCUCCUUCCUGGACCCACCCCUCUUAAUUUGCAUAUUCUGUUUUUAGCCUCUCUGGAUUUUAUAUAAUCCUGUCAUUAAAGCUGUCAUAGGAACCGAACACUCCCAUUUCAGAGUCUCUUCUGGAAGCUAAUUGCACAUCUUCUUUUUCUGCUUUUUGUUAAAAUGAAUUUUACAUUUUGGAAUAGAUUGAGAAUAAGCUAAUUGAGCCCAGGGCAAAGGUGUCUCCACGACUCAGGUCUUAGGAUAGCCCUGUCCGCUCUCCUCGGACAGUAGAGCGGGUCAGGGUCUGAUGAGCCCUCUCUUGACAGUCUUGAUGUUGGCCUGAGACAAGGUCAUAGCCUGUGCUAAGGAGGCCCGAGUAGCUCUGGGAGCUGCCCAAUAUUCUGUUACUGAUCUUGUCCAGAGAGGUCUCUACUCAGAAUCUCCCAAUGAGGGGCUGGGUCGCUCUCUGCUGUGAGUUCUGCUGUGCAUGGGGUUAGUUCAACCCCAGCACUACGAGGGAAAACCAAAGGAAACACGUAUUUGCCCACACCCACUGCCGCCCUGAUUAUAAGCUGGAGUGUGUGUGUGUGUGUGUGUGUGUGUGUGAUGUGUGUGUGAUGUGUGAUAUGUGUGGGUGUGGGUGUCUGUGAUGUGUCAUGUGAGUGGUGUAUGUGUGGUAUGUGUCAUAUAUGUGUGUGGUGUGUAGCUUGUGUGUCAUGUGUGUAUAGUGUGUGUGGUGUGUGUGUGAUAUUGUGAUAUGUAUGGUGUGUGUGUCAUGUGUGUGUCGUAUGUGUGUGUGAUGUGUAUGGUGUGUGUGGUAUGUGUGUGUGUGGUGUAUGUGUAAUGUUUAUGGUGUGUGUGGUAUGUGUGUGUGUGGUGUAUGUGUGAUGUUUAUGGUGUAUGUGUGAUGUUUAUGGUGUGUGUGUGGUGUGUAUGGUGUGUGUGUCAUGUGUGUGUGGUAUGUGUGUGUGUGGUGUAUGUGUGAUGUUUAUGGUGUGUGUGUAUGUGUGUGGUGUGUGUGGUGUGUGUGUGAUGUGUAUGGUGUGUGUGUCAUGUGUGUGUGGUAUGUGUGUGUGGUGUAUGUGUGAUGUUUAUGGUGUGUGUGUAUGUGUGUGAUGUUUAUGGUGUGUGUGUGGUGUGUAUGGUGUGUGUCAUGUGUGUGUGGUAUGUGUGUGUGGUGUAUGUGUGAUGUUUAUGGGGUGUGUGUGUAUGUGUGUGAUGUUUAUGGUGUGUGUGUGGUGUGUAUGGUGUGUGUCAUGUGUGUGUGGUAUGUGUGUGUGGUGUAUGUGUGAUGUUUAUGGGGUGUGUGUGUGUGUGUGUGUGUGUUCACCAUCAGGCAUCUUUGCAAGGUGACUGUGGGUCCCCACGCACCUCUUUCUUCUCUUUACAUGUUGUCUCCUGCUUCUGCAGUAUGUCUGCUCACGCCAUGGUGAGUGCCUGACACAGAGGUGAUUCUUGGUGUGGAUUCUCUCCCCACCAUGUGAGUCCUGAGUCAUUCAUCAGGCCUGGCGACCCCGCCACCUUGCCGGCCCCAGCUCUUUUUCAUUUGGGAUAGAAUUGAAUUCUUUUCUUAUCCAGUGUCCGUCUCUACACACUGUCACUGUGGGGUGGCUCUUCCCUCCGGAUCCCGGGCCAUGUCACACUCGGGGAGCUCCUGGCAUGGAGUUAGCAGAAGCCAGGGACUUGCCUGGCACUGGCAGGGUCCAGGAUACCCCCACACACGCGAAGAGUGCCUGGUACCCUAGGGAGACCUCAUCUUGACUGCGCAGGGCUCCAGCUAAGUGGAGCGGACUGCAAGGGCCCUGCCAGCUGCCGGCUGGAGGGUGGGGACAGGAAUGUUCAAGAACAAACAGGAAACUGGGCACUGUGGACGUGGAUGUGUCACUCCAGCACCCUGGGAGCUGAGGCAGGAGGACUUCAACCUGACCAUGGUGCCCAACGCAUAAAAUACUUUGAAUGGGGGGCAUUCAGUCCUUAAGUUCAACUGUCCUUCUGCCCUGUCCACUCAUGGCCAUGACACAGCCAGCUCUGGGUCCUGGUCACCUGACACCCUGAUCUCUGGUGCGUCAACGCUCUCUUGCCUGCACCCCGCACCCCAUCCAGAGUGGAACCGUCACCCUCUGCUCCCUGCCUCGGCAAUCAGUGUUCCUGGGUGACAUAUUUAGAUGGUUGCUAUGGUGAUGAUGUUGACAGCUUCAUGUGGCACAAAAGAAGGGCCCUGCUUUGCUAUAUCGAGCCUGCAGGAGACCGGUGCCUGAGCCACGUGCCCAUGUCAGCGUGGGAAGGGAAGGGGGCUCAGACAGCCCAACCCACCCACUCACUCCCUGCGGAGGAGCCGCGACCUGCUUCAGAGGGUGUGAAGCCUUCCUAUUGGAACCUCGGUGCUGGGACAGUGGGACUCAGAGCAGCCAAGAGUUCCUGAGGCACAGCCAGGGCACCUGGGUCAGCAGUCUGAAAGGGGAAAUAGGAUGAUCCAAGGUCUUCAGGAAGAGAGAAUGGAAGACUCGGCUCUCUAGACGCCAGGUCCACGCUCAUGGCUGAUGAUGUCAGGUACUAACAACGUCGCCCAGGCCCGGAAGCUGGUGGAGCAGUUGCGCAUCGAAGCUGGGAUCGAACGCAUCAAGGUCUCCAAGGCCUCGUCAGAACUGAUGAGCUACUGUGAGCAACAUGCCCGGAAUGACCCCUUGCUGGUUGGUGUACCAGCCUCUGAAAAUCCAUUCAAAGACAAAAAGCCUUGCAUAAUUCUCUAGUUCUCUCUCUCUUCCUCCCUCCUUCCUCUCCCUCUCUUUCUCCCCACCCCAAAGGUAUUGUCCAGUUUUUCCUGUAAGAAAAAAAUAUUUGAAUCCCUUCUACUUUGAAUUUUAAAGGAACAGAAACCAUUGUGAAUGCCUGGAGCCUCCUGACCUAGCUGGAGUUCGUCCUGGCCUAACUUUAGCCUCAUCCACCCCCUCCCGUCGAGAACCACUGAUGUGACAGUUUUUAAGCUCCCCUUAGUUGGCCUGGGGAAAGGGUUCUGUUGGCCAAAGGCGAGCCUAGCAAGUUUGCGGACCAUAGCUGCAGUCCUCGGGUCCCACAUAAAACAUGCAGGUGCGGUGUCAGAAGGCUGAGAUGGAAGGAUCCCCGAGGCUUGGGGACUGCAUCCUAGCAGCCAGUAAACUCCAGACAGUGAGAAACGAUGCCUCCAAACACAAGGCAGAGGAGGAUACCCAGCCUUGACCUCUGGCUCCACACGCGGCACACACAAUGCACCCUGUACUACCCAGUGUCAUUCUCGAGUGGCCCUGUCGUGUGCACGGUGACAGUGAUGCCCUUUCUCCAGAGAGUUGGCCCAUUCUAGAAACGGGCAUUUGGGUCUCCAUACAAAGGAAGCACUUGCUGGUAUGGCCGAGUGUGUAACUUUGUCUCCGAAGCCUGAGAUCCAUGUGUUCAUUGGUGACUCCUCGUUUUUCUCCCAGUUACACAGAUGGUUGUGAGGGCAGAAGUGCAGAUUUAAUUAUCUUGAGGUGAUUGAGAAGGACCGAUGGGGUUCUCCAUCCCACAUCGUGACUGUGCCUCCAGAUCCCCCUUCCUGGGUCAAACUAUUUUUUAACUAACUAGAACCCAAGUCCCUCAAUGUGUGGACUGUGGCCAUUUUCUGCACUCCUUCAUUGGGAGAUUCAUCUCUGACCACACCCCCAACCCCUCACUGAGGGAUUCUAGACGGGGCUCCACCCCUGACCACGCCCCAGUCCCCCAUUGAGGGAUUCUAGAAGGGGUUCCACCUCUGACCAUGCCUCAGCCCCCUACUGGGGAUUCUAGAAGGGGCUCCACCCUGACCACGCCCCCAGACCCUUACUGGUAAAUUCUAGAUGGCACUCCACUUCUGAGGCGGGCCUCUUCUCUAUUGUGUGAGCAGAGCCCUAGAGUCCAGGCUGGCCUGGACUGGAACUGGAGAUCUUCCUGCCUCUGGCUCCGGAGUACCUACCUGAUAGGCCUGUGUUGCAUGCCUGGCAUCGGAUUGGACGGAAGAUGACAGACCGUCUGUCUAUGACAGUGACAGUGGCAGGUCUAGGGAGGACACAGCUUAGGUGUGCCAGUGUGGUCUGCAGCCAUACACAAAGGCAUCUCAAGCAUUUGAGACUCCAGUUACCUCUUUCUCCUGCCGGAUCAGUGUGGGAGCAGAAAUGAAGCCAGUCCAGUUACUCCCUGCAGCUCUGGUGGAAAUCUGCUUCCCAAACCCUGUGCCAGGCUCAUCCCUGGACAGUUGCUCAAACUGCCCAUGGGCAAAGUGAAUGGAGCUGGCAGAUCUGGCUCCUAGCCUAUUAGGCACAACCUACCACCUAGAUAAGGUGGCAGCCCCCCCCCCCCCCAGUCCAUUUGAUGGAAUCAGGGAAAGAAGUUUGGGAUGUGACUAAGGGGGAGGGGCACUGCAGGUGCUAAGAGAGGACCCUGUUUCCCCCUCCAUGGGCCACAGAGAGCACAGACCAAGGGUCAGGCCCCUCCUGUGCACUGACUCCCAAUUACUGGUCAGAGAGGGCCAGGACUUUGGUGAGCCUGACUCUCAGAACCUGUGGUGGAAUCAGAAAAGCCAGUGUCCCUCCAGAACUGCAGCCACCUUUCAUUAGGCUAGGAACCAGGUCCCAGCAGGUGUGUCUCCAGCUGCACUGGCAGGGGACAGUGAGGAGAGAGGAAAGGACAUACAUUCUGGGGACCGGGACUGCAGAACACCCAGCCAGUAUGGUAGAAACCUGGGUUCCACCCCAAGCUCGCAAAAAAACAGGCAUGGGCACUGGGGAUGUAGAGGCAGGAAGAUCAGAACUUCAGGGUCUUUCUCAGCCACAGGAUGGGCUCAAGGUUAGCCUGGGCUGCAUGAGACCAUGUCUCAAAGACAGAAAUCUCAGUGUGCUCUCUCAUGUUCCUAACACGCCUGAUUGUUUCCCUCUGGAGGCUGCUGUGCCAGCCUGGCCAGCCUGCGUUUGGUCGCAGCCUUGUUUCUCAGCUCUGGGACAAAAACUCAAAUCUGCAUCUCUGCCCACACCUCCAGUUCCCCCUCCCCGGGUGACUCACAGGCCAAGGACAAAGUGGCCUCUUGCUCCCAGGGAGGGUAGGAUGUGCUGGUGUAGCCUGUGUACGUCCUAAGCACUGGAGCCCUGCCUCGGCCUAGAGACGCUUAGGGAAACCAGAACACAUCAGAGCAAUUAGGAGCCAAGAAUGGUGGCCCACGCCUUCAAUGCCAGCACUUGGGAGGCAGAGGCAGGCGGAUCUCAGUGAAUUCGAGACCAACCGGGUCUACAGAAUGAGUUCCAGGACAGCCAAGGUUAUAAAGACACUGUCUAAAAACAAAACAAAACAAAAACCCAAAUCUGUCAGACCUGCUGCAACUUGAGCCACCUAGGAGGGACUUCCAACCUAAGAAGGAUGGUGGGCAUGGGGGUGCAUCCUACACAGAAGCCAUACACACCGGCCAGAUGUCACACGUCACUUUCCAAUUCUGCCCCCACUCCAGGGCUGGCUCCUCCCCCUUCACCCUCCAGGGCUGGCUCCUCCCCCUUCACAUUCCAGGGCUGGCUCCUCCCCCUUCACACUCCAGGGCUGGCUCCUCCCCCUUCACAUUCCAGGGCUGGCUCCUCCCCCUUCACACUCCAGGGCUGGCUCUUCCCUCUUCACUGCUUUGUGACUCUGGUUUUUAUUUCUGAAUAAAAAAAAAAAAAUCCCGUGUGCCAUUCCCACUCUCCCAGUGUUGCUAUUGUGUGGAAUGAGGUCACAGGAGGACGAGUCCUCCACAAUAAAAACCUCUCUUUUCCUUUU